CUUACCGACUGAGGCGCCAUUUUACGUUCCCAUCACCACAGCAGAGAAGUUAAGUGAUUGGAGGUAGUGCUAGGAGAAAGUCGGGGCUCGGCGCUCCUCCCUUGGAUUCCCGCUUGUUUGGCCACCUGCCGCCUUAGACACGGGCCAGCAUGAGUGAUGUGGAGAAUAACUUCGAGGGGAGGGAGUCACGCUCCCAGUCAAAAUCUCCAGCUGGGAGUCCUGCUUGUGUAAAAUCUGAGAGCAGGUCAGGAUCUCGUAGCCCAUCAAGAGCUUCUAAACAUUCUGAAUCACACUCACAAUCAAGAUCAAAAUCCAGGUCUAGAUCCAGAAGACAUUCUCACAGGCGAUACACUCGCUCUAGAUCCCAUUCUCACAGGCGGCGAUCACGAAGUAGAUCAUAUACCCCAGAGUAUCGGCGUCGAAGGAGCCGCAGCCACUCUCCAAUGUCUAACCGAAGAAGGCACACCGGCAGCAGAGUAUGUAGUGCUAAUCCAGAUCCUAAUACAUGCCUUGGAGUGUUUGGCCUCAGCUUAUAUACUACUGAGAGGGAUCUUCGUGAAGUUUUUUCCCGUUAUGGACCAUUGAGUGGAGUCAAUGUGGUGUAUGAUCAACGGACUGGACGAUCAAGAGGAUUUGCUUUUGUUUACUUUGAAAGAAUAGAUGACUCUAAAGAGGCAAUGGAACAUGCAAAUGGAAUGGAGUUGGAUGGUAGAAGAAUCCGGGUGGAUUACUCUAUCACAAAGAGAGCGCACACGCCCACCCCUGGCAUCUAUAUGGGCAGGCCAACUCAUGGCGGAGGUGGAGGUGGAGGAACUGGCCGUCGCCGUGAUUCUUAUUAUGACAGGGGAUACGACAGAGGAUAUGACAGAUAUGAAGAAUAUGACUAUCGCUACAGUACCACGUCUGGUCUGCCAAGUGCUUCGUCAAAAGCUGGGGUGUGGCCACAGCAUAGGGCAGAGCUUGAAUUUUGGAGCAGACUCAGUCCAACAGAGCAGGAGCUGAUAUUACCCAACCUAUCUGGACUCACUACACCACAGAAGAAAAGGAACAUUCAGGAGGCGCUCACCUUCACCAUACUAUAGUCGUUACAGAUCAAGAUCAAGAUCUCGUUCCUACAGUCCAAGGCGUUACUGAAGAAGAAAAGCCAGUUACAGAGCAAAUACCAUUUUUAAACAGCAUGUUCCAAUCCUAGCUUUUCCUGUAGGACCCCUAGAAUUAUCUAAUACCUAAUUAAAAUAUCCCCAGGUUCAUUUAGAUGUAUUUUCUUUUGAAAUACCCAUUUUCAUCUCUUACUGUAAUAUUCCAGAUGUAAUUGUUGUAGUUUUAUGUACUUUAAUAUCUUUAAGCAAAAAUUAAUGGGAAUCCCAGAGUGGUAAAAGAUUUUGUAAUUCAUGUUUUUGUUCAUUUUUUAAACAAGUAGAUUUUCGUUGAACCUCAUGAAUGAAGAGAUCUGGUACAUGUCAAUGCUUGCAUGUUGUAUUUUCAGUAGAAAGCUACUAUUUUAAUAGCCUCUCAUAUUUCUGGUUUUUUAAAAAAACCUGUUGUCCCGUUUGUUCAGUUACAGCACAAUUUGGUAUGUAAUCUUAAACCAGAGUUUUCCUAGAUUUUCAGUUUAAUUAAAACAAUAUUAGAUUGGAAGGAAAAAAACAUUUGGAGGAAAAAACCCUUGUACCCUACAUACACUGUUCAGUGGUGCAUGAUAAAAUAAACUCAAGUGCUGCUCAGAGGAAAUUGAAAUUUGCUUUAAACACUAAGCUGACCUGCAAAGAAUUCCUCCUAUUUUUACUACCCCAUAAUCAGAACAAGCCUAACUGACUAGCUAUAAGAAAUAUUUGGUCUGUUCAGACGAAUCUGUAUAAUAUAAAAAUUAAGAUGGAGCAGGUUCUAUUUAGUAGUAUAAUCAGAAAUUCUUAUUCUCAAAAUAAAUUUAAAUUGUACAAAUACAGCUGUUCAGAAUUUAAUAUUUAUCAUUUGUUAAGAGUUCUUGAAUUUGGAGCUGGGAAUUUAAUGCAAAGUAACAAUACAACAAGGAAAUACACAUGUUGAUAUGCUGAGGGCAAACUGCUUGUGUCUGUCAUUGAACUCUAUAUUCCAUGGAAAGAUCACUUGAAUUAACAUUCUGAACUGAAAAAUAGUACAAAAACUCAGAUCUUAAAAUUCAGCAUGUAAAAGUGAAUUUAAGAAUGUGAUUCUUAUCACUUCUCUAUAUUAUUAAAUGUUGGGUUCUACAUGCAAAUAUGCUAAGAGAAAAAAUAUAGGCAAAGGAAAACUUUUAAUUGGAAGAAAAUCUGAGGCCAUACAUCUGAGGCUGUGAUUUUGUAAGGUCAAAGGCUGUAUCUAAUCCCAGCAGAAUCAGCAUGAAUUGAAUAGCUGGUAGCAGGCCUUAGUAGUAGGUAACAUUCAGGUGUAAGACAUUGCCAGAAACUGGACACUAGGCUGAAGAAAAGCAAGAAUUUUAUUCUGCAGAGGAUGAGAACACAAUACCUACCCUUAUAUAAUAUUAUGGAAAAUUAGAGGUUUAAAUCCAGUCGAUUCUUUUUCCUAAUUUUUCAUUUCUGGAAAUAAACUGUGAUACAGCUGUAAUGAAUGCUCUGCCAUAUUGUAAUACCACAUCCUUUCCUGACAGAACAAUUAAUCAGAGGAACAACUUGCCUCC